AAUUACAUUAGUGGAAAGCUGAGGUUAACUUAAUCAAUUUAUGACUUUAACCCUUUUUUUCUUUACAUUCUUUUGAUGAUUGCAGGCAUUGAAAGUACUGUCAGGCGAUAUGGAGAUAGCCGCCCACCACAUGAAACACAGGCGGGUUAAUCAGGAAGUAUUGCAUAAACGGCACAUCAAUUUUAUUCGCCUACAUCGUGAGUAUGAACUUGGUCGCAAGUUGCCCUGUGCUGUACUUGAACAUUAUGAACACUGUAUUUUUCUUGUGGCAAAUCCAAUAGUACGUCGACUAAUGGGCCAACUCAUAAUGCGAUACAUUUUUGGCGGCUCUGAUUUUGAACCCCUGGCCAAUGAGAAGGUGCAAUAUUAUGAGCGGUACAAGGAUCGCCCAUGUCGCUUCUUGAGUAUGACCCCGGUUUACACGUUCGGAGAUGAUACUACGGUGGGCAAUAUUAUGAGCGGUACAAGGAUCGCCCAUGUCGCUUCUUGA